UGUGUUUCAUGACCAGAACGGCAGGGAGACGCAUUCACAGCAGAAAUGGCAACGACUCCUGUACCAGUUUUGGACGGAGACUCUUGUCCAAAACUUCAGAUGGAAAAACGAGUGAAAAAUGUUUUUGUUACUCAGCCGGAGGACCCGAGAGGCAGGAAAAAAGAGAAGAUGUGCGUACCUGCUACAACAGAAACUUCAAGCAAACUCUUAGAGGCUGGAGUGAAAGCACUAAAAAGGACACUUAUUGCAAGAAAACAGGCUGAGCUGCAUGAACUGGACGUGCAACUCGCACUCAAAACACAAGAUUUCAGGAGCUGCAUGGAGGCUCUUGCUAGUAGAAGGUCAGAGUUGGAAACUCAACAACGGCAGAGUAAAGAGGAGGAGAUGAAAUUUGAGAAGUUUGUGGCUGAGAAAGAAGAGAAGCGACAAAGAGCGCUGAAACAGUGUGAAGCAACUUUGGAGCAGAACAUCCUGAAACAGAGACGGAUUGAGGAUUUAACAGAACAACUGACAAAACUAGAAACCAGGAGACACAUUUUAAAGCAGAGAACAGACAAAAACAAAAUCUAUGAGGAUUAUCUGAUGAAAACUCUGGAUCGUCUCCCUAGCCUUCCCCGCCACAACAGCAGCGAAUCUUUAGCCGUGCCGAUCAUUCGACGCCACGAGACGCUGUCCGUCACCCACCAGGGGCUGCUGCAACGUUUGAGGCGAAUGGAGGCAGAGGUGGAGCGGCAGUGGCGGCAGCUGCAAAACAUGAAGCAGCAGCACAGCAUAGCAACACUGAUGUCCAGUAAAGAACUUUCUGAACUGCACAGCGAGUUAGAAAGCCUGAGAGAGAAGAACAGGCAGGUUGAAGUUAACCUGCUGAUGAAACGAGGCGCAUCCAGAGAGAAGGUAGAGGAAGUUGGAAAAUUACUUAUGGCUGUCAACAAUCUUGCACAAGAGUGUUACAUCCCAGAAUUUGGACCGCUGGAAGGCAUGAGUGUCCUGACUAUGAUGGACAUGGUGAAGGAGUUUGUUCUGGACAAGGCGGACACGGAGAGGAGGUUGAGGAGGCUGGACUCCUGCUCCACCGCAACUCUGACCGACAAACCAUGGAGAAAGUCGCCGAAAAGCAUCGGCAGCAAAACUCAAAUCAAAAGCUCAAGUAAAGCCAGUAAAAUCAGCGACUCAUCCAACUGAUGCUGUCAUUUUCAUAUUUUUUAUUUUCUGCUAAACAUAUUAAAGUGUGUUUUUAUGGUUUGUGUUUUAAACCAGUUUCCCACUUGAGUGCGUCGUUUGCCUGCAGAAUCAGGAAAAUGUCAUGGGAAUGUAGCCAUUGUUUCAUUUUAAAAUGAAGAAUUAGAUUCAAAUAAUGCAGAAAGGGACAUAACCAGCACUAUAUGCAAUGCAGUGUCUGAGCAAUUUGGUUACAAGCAUUAAUUUAUAGUAAAUUACUCAUCAAAACAAGGGUUUCAUUUAAGACAAACAGGUAAGGAAAAUGUUUUAAUCUCUGAUAGUUAUUAGAGGUUAGAGAUGGUUAUCUCUGAUUAGGUUGAACUGCAAUUUGCAGAAAAAAUUAGGGGGAUUUUUGUUGAGUUAUUUGUUUCUACAGAUAAUCUGGAAUCUGUGUUUUUUAUUAAAUGUGCUUAAUUUGCCCUUUUCCAUAAAGGCACACCUGCUAAAGCUGCGAUAAAAUCUUAAAACUAUUUAUUUUACAUCAGAAUCCAACACUGAGAAAAACACAUGCGGAGCAUAAACCUGGGUGUUAUUAUUUUUCAAAGUUCUAGUUUUAAACUUUUUAAUUAUUGCGCUGACUUUUUUCUUCUAUAUUUAAAUGGCUGCAUAAACUCAUACUUAUAUAUAUAGUUUCUUUUAUUCUUUAUUCUAUUUCCUAUAAAGUUUAUAUAUUUAUAUUGAAUGUCUACGAGGUUGAAAAAAUUAUUGACCAAUAAAUAAUUUUGAUUCGAUUCUGACUGUAAAUAAUAGUAAUUUUCUGAUUUCUUUCUUGAACAACAUGUUUUCUCGUCUUUCCCAUUUUUGAAUAUUUUCAGGUUAUGCCCAAGGAAACUUUAAAUCAAAAAUUACUCAUUUAAAAUUCCUGGACAACUUAGAAAGCAAAGCAUAAAAAAGUAAACGCUUAAGCUACAUUUAUUUAACUGAUCUUACAAUAUUUAUUUAAAAUCGUUGU